AUGGAAGAGAAUACAACAGUUAUUUUAAUUAAAUAUGAUCCAUAUGGAUCCUUCGCCAAUGUAAAAAAGAAUGUUGAAGUGCAAGCUUACAUUGAUGGCCAUGAUUACUUUCAGGCUAUCGAGAAAGCUAUCUGUGAAGCAAAAAAAGAAAUCUUGAUUAUGGGAUGGUGGCUUUCUCCUGAACUUUAUCUCUUAAGACCUUGCGAUAAAGAUGAAGAAAGUCUUCGUCUUCAUUCUCUUCUCAAGAAGAAAGCUGAUGAUGGAAUCAAGAUUUUUAUUAUACUCCAUCAAGAGCAACCAGAAUAUUUUAAAAUAGAUUCUCAACAUAGUGAAGAAAUGUUACAACAUGAUAAUAUUUUUGUUCUGAGACAUUCUUCUGGUAACAUUGCAUCAGUCGCCUUCGAUAAUUUGAUUAAUAUUUUCGAUUUGACUAUUCCCAAUGUUGAUAGCAUGAACUUGGCUUGGUAUCAUCAUGAAAAAGUUAUAAUUAUCGAUCAAUAUGAAGCAUUUAUCGGUGGCAUAGAUUUGUGCUUUGGUCGCUACGAUACUAAGGAACAUAUUCUCACUGAAGCUUCUAAAACUUAUAAGUGUAAUGAAAUUUGGCCCGGGAAAGAUUAUACCAAUCCCAGAAUUAAAGAUCUUGAGUUUGGAAAAUGCGUGCUGGAUCUCGUCUCACAUUUUAAUCAACGAUGGGAGUUCAUUAAAGGAAAACAGAUUACCAUUUUCACUCCAGAAAUUAAACCUUCGCCAGAGCAGAUUUCUGAACUUGAGAUCGACUCCAACAAUCUUGGUAACUGUAAUGUCCAAAUUCUUCGAAGUUGUGGAAACUGGAGUAAUGGCAUUGAUCUUGAGAAAUCUAUACAAAAUGCUUAUAUUGACAUGAUUCACAAAGCGGAACAUUUUAUUUAUAUUGAAAAUCAAUUUUUUCUUACAUCUACUAAAAAAGAAUAUGAUAAACAUGCUAAAAAUCGGAUCGGAGAGGCAAUCGCUGCUCGUAUUAAAAGAGCAAUUGAAGAAGAAAAAGAAGACAGCCGAUUUAGGACAAUUAUAAUAUUACCUUUACUCCCAGAAAUACCGGGUGAUCUGGAUCCCAAUAACCUACAAUUAUGUCAAAUUGUUCGUUAUCAAUAUCAAUCAAUUCGAGGUUUGAUGAGUACUAUUUCAGACAUUUGCAAGGAAAAGGGAAAACUACCAGAAGACUACAUUACAUUUUAUGGACUUCGUAAUUGGGGUAUUAUUGGAAAAAAUAAACAAGAUUUAUUCAAUUCAAAAAAUUUCAAAGACAUCUCUACCAAAGAUAUUGUCGCUGAGCAAGUAUAUGUUCAUUCUAACAUUAUGAUUGUUGAUGACAGGAAAGUGAUUUGUGGUUCAGCAAAUUUGAAUGACAGAUCAAUGGUUGGUGAUUAUGAUUCUGAAAUUGCCGCUAUAAUAGAAGAUACGCAAAUGGUUGAUUCUAAAAUGAAUGGCAAAUUGUGGAAGGCGAGUAAUUUUGCUUACACUCUUCGAAAAAAACUCUUUAUGGAACAUAUCGGUCUAUCCGAUGAUAAAGAUCAUUUGGUGGUAGAUCCUAUAUGUGAUUCCUUUUACAAGAACAUAUGGCUCAAUAAAGCCAAAUAUAAUACUAAAAUUUUUAGAAAUAUUUUUCACUGUAUUCCGGACGAUAAUGUUUUAAGUUGGAAGGCUUGUAAAGAGUUUGUUUCCAAAUCAAAUUCAGGUCAUAUGUGUUCUAACCACACAAUCGGCGAAGUAGCAGAACAGCUUGCAAGAGUUUAUG